AUGUCUUUGAUGUUGGCUACAAAUGAAUACAACAUUACUACCAAAACAACGGCGGGAACGCCACCAGCCAAACAACAAUUCACAGAGCAAAAUGCGCCAAGCCCAAAAGCGAACUCGAUUUGGAUUUGUUGCCUGCAAUUUGUUUUCGUAGUUUGUGUAAUGCAGUUUUUGAUGUCACCAACAAGUGCGUACGAUCCAAAUGAUAAGAAAAUUGCCUCCGUAUUACCACCUGAGGGUAUGUUUGAAGCUUUUUAUCCACGAGAAGUAGAUGGUGUACCGAAUGGAGCAUCACGACCAGCUCAUGCUCAUGGAAGUUUUUUCAAACAUCGAAAUCCAGCUUUGGUUGAUACAAAAAAUGCAGCUGCCUACGGUUAUCGUUUUGACGGGAAACGAAGAUUUAAUUUCGAUUGA